AUGGAGGACGGCGCCGAGGCGGACGUCUGGAGCAGCUUCGAGAAGAGCGUCGCGUACAUGAAGGAGGUGGCGGCGCUCUACGAGUCGGCGUUCGGCUGCAGGGCGGAUGGCGCCAGGAAGACCGUCGUCACCAAGGCGCACCUGGACGAGGCGCACAACCAGGCGCAGCAGGCGCUCGAGCUGCUGUCCUCCAACCUGCUGAACGCCUCCAUGACCGUCAUGAACGCGAUCGAGAGACAGGUGCGUGGCAGUAACUAUGAGAGCGAGGCCGACCGACUCAAGCGCAAGGUGUCGGCCAUUCGCGAGAGCAUUCAGGACCGACAAGCUGAGCUGGACCAACAAGCCGUUGACAAGUUUUAUGCAGCUCACAAGGCGAGCCCAUCAAUGUCGUCGCGUCCGGUUAUCUCAGCGGAGCGUACGGGGCGAUUCGAAAAGGACCCGCCGCAGCACAAACUGAGACUAUCCCUCGCUCCGGGUCAAUGCAUGCAAUAAAUCAUACUAACUUCCUAUU